AUGAAGGAAGAAGCACAAGCAUUUUACGCAAUCAAAAAUGCAUCUGAGCUUGAAGAGUUGAUCGUCUACCAUAAGGUCAACAUUAAGCUUGGAGCACUUUGCUCUGCACUAUCAUUACUUUUGCUCUAUUGUUUACUAUCCAACAAGUAUUUCCGACGAACAAGAAAGUUGAUAAUAGCGUUGGCUUUUGCUGAUUUGAUGAAUUGCGUUGGAAUCCUCCUCAUGGGUGUGGACCGGUCCUUACUGUACUAUAAUAUCAUCCACGUGGGGCAAGUCAACCUCGAAACCAGUUGGUCGUGUGCGCGACAAUUCUGGCUGCUUGUGAAAACGACGGGUACGAAAACACUAUGA